CUGGCGGAGCCGAGGGUGCGAGCGGCGAGGGCGGGAGCGGGCUGCGGGAGGCUGCUCGCGCAGGGAGCGCCGGGACAGAUGGGGAAACCAAGGCAUGGAAGUUAACCAACUCGUCCAAAGUCACACAGAUGCACAUGAUUUGGGAGUUACACUUUGUGACAUGGAUGAAUCUGCACUGACCCUUGGCGCCAUAGAUGUUUCUUAUUUGCCAAAUUCAUCUGAAUACAGUAUUGGUCGAUGUAAGCAUGCAAGCGAGGAAUGGGGUGAGUGUGGUUUCAGACCUACUGUCUUCAGAUCUGCAACCUUGAAGUGGAAAGAAAGCCUAAUGAGCCGGAAAAGGCCCUUUGUAGGAAGAUGUUGUUAUUCCUGUACUCCCCAGAGCUGGGAUAAAUUUUUCAACCCCAGCAUCCCAUCUUUGGGUUUGCGGAAUGUUAUUUAUAUCAAUGAAACUCACACAAGGCACCGAGGAUGGCUGGCAAGACGUCUUUCUUAUGUGCUUUUCGUUCAAGAGCGAGAUGUCCAUAAAGGCAUGUUUGCCACCAACGUGACUGAAAACGUACUGAACAGCAGUAGGGUACAAGAGGCAAUUGCAGAAGUGGCUGCUGAAUUAAACCCUGAUGGUUCUGCUCAGCAGCAAUCAAAAGCUGUCAAUAAAGUGAAAAAGAAAGCCAGAAAGAUCCUUCAAGAAAUGGUUGCCACUGUCUCACCGGCACUGAUCAGACUGACCGGAUGGGUGCUGCUAAAACUGUUCAACAGCUUCUUUUGGAAUAUUCAAAUUCACAAGGGUCAACUUGAGAUGGUUAAAGCUGCAACUGAGAUGAAUUUGCCGCUUAUAUUUCUUCCAGUUCAUAGAUCACAUAUUGACUAUCUCCUGCUCACUUUCAUUCUCUUCUGCCAUAACAUCAAAGCGCCAUACAUUGCUUCAGGCAAUAAUCUCAACAUCCCCAUCUUCAGUACCCUGAUCCAUAAGCUUGGGGGCUUUUUCAUACGACGGAGGCUAGAUGAGACGCCAGAUGGACGGAAAGAUAUUCUCUAUAGAGCUUUGCUCCACGGGCAUAUAGUUGAACUACUUCAACAGCAGCAGUUCUUGGAGAUUUUUCUGGAAGGCACACGCUCUAGGAGUGGAAAAAUCUCCUGUGCUCGGGCAGGACUUUUGUCAGUUGUAGUAGAUACUCUGUCUACCAAUACCAUCCCAGACAUCUUGAUAAUACCUGUUGGGAUCGCCUACGAUCGUAUUAUUGAGGGUCAUUACAAUGGCGAACAACUGGGAAAACCUAAGAAGAAUGAGAGCCUCUGGAGCAUAGCAAGAGGCGUUAUCAGAAUGUUACGAAAAAACUAUGGGUGUGUCAGAGUGGAUUUUGCACAACCAUUUUCCUUAAAGGAAUAUUUAGAAAGCCAAAGUCAGAAACCUGUUUCUUCUCCACUGUCUCUGGAGCAAGCGUUGUUACCAGCUAUACUUCCUUCAAGACCCAAUGAUGCUGCUGCUGAAGGUACAGACACGUCCAUUAACGAGUCCAGAAAUGCAACAGAUGAACCCUUCCGAAGAAGAGUGAUUGCAAAUCUGGCUGAGCACAUUCUCUUCACCGCUAGCAAGUCCUGUGCCAUUAUGUCAACACACAUCGUGGCCUGCCUGCUCCUCUACAGACACAGGCAGGGAAUUGAUCUCUCCACAUUGGUGGAGGACUUCUUUGUGAUGAAGGAGGAAGUCCUGGCUCGCGAUUUUGACCUGGGUUUCUCGGGAAAUUCAGAAGAUGUAGUCAUGCAUGCCAUACAGCUGCUGGGAAAUUGCAUCACAAUCACACACACCAGCAGGAACGAUGAAUUUUUUAUUACUCCCAGCACAACUGUCCCAUCAGUCUUUGAACUCAACUUCUACAGCAAUGGGCUGCUUCACGUCUUUAUCAUGGAGGCCAUCAUAGCCUGCAGCCUUUACGCAGUUCUGAAGAAGAGGGGCCCGGGAGCGCCUGUGUCUCCCAGCUUGAUCAGCCAGGAACAGCUGGUGCGCAAGGCCGCCAGCCUGUGCUAUCUGCUCUCCAACGAAGGCACCAUCUCUCUCCCCUGCCAGACGUUUUACCAAAUUUGCCAUGAAACAGUAGGCAGGUUUAUCCAGUAUGGCAUUCUUAUAGUGGCGGAGCCCGACGAUCAGGAAGAUGUUAGUCCUGGUCUUGCUGAGCAGCAGUGGGACAAGAAGCUUCCUGAACCUUUGUCUUGGAGAAGUGAUGAAGAGGACGAGGACAGCGAUUUUGUUUGGUUAUAGAUAAAUGGAAAAAGAGACAAGAGUCUGAAAAUUCAGGAAGAUGAACACCAUAGAUGACUCCUUUCAUGACCCUCUCCUCAGAAUGCACAGGUGCAAACCUGUUUACCCGCACCUGCACCCACUCCUAAAGGGGCAGUGGUUGUGUUCAGUCAUCACUGAAGCAAGGCAGUCCCGUACCAGGUAUGGGAGGGAAUGAAGAUUCAGCUGCCACUGGCCUGGUUGCUCUUUUUGAGUCCUGCUCAGUCUUGCCAUCUCUCCCAAGAUUCCCUGCGUCAAGCUCUUUGCCUCCAACGGAGACAAAUCCUAUCGCAGGAGAAAAUUUGAUUUGCAAAAGAUUGUCCCUGCUUUAGGAAAAGCAGUUUUGUCUAAUUUGUAAUUUUAGAAAUUAGUAUUAAUGACCCUUCUUUUCUGAAUACCCUAAGUGGACUACUGUCCUUGCAGUGGGAAUAAUACCCCUAGUUUACACACACACACACACGCACACACAGAGGAGAGUCUAAUUGACUUUUGGAGGUUUUCCAUGUUGGGUAUUAUUAGUUUCGAGAUGGGGCAGUGAUCUUGCUUCCACACUCCAGAGAGGCUCAUCUGAACGUGCGUGUUUUGGGGGAGGGGUGCAAUGAGAGCGCCCACUGCCCAAAGCACCCCAUCGUCACCGCCACCGUUCCCCGCUGGGCCGGACCGGGGGCCCGAAGCCAUCUGGGGAUGGCAGGCAGUGAGGGCUGGGAGGGACUGAGAUGAUCUCGGGGGUCUCGGCGUGUGGCCUUUUUGCGCACUCGAGUGACCGUCGAGCCAGGCUUCAGGGUCUGGAGGCUCCAGCCUCGGGACCAGCUAUUUUCAGUGAUGACAGUAUGGCAUAAUCGUGUCAUUCAAGUAUGACAGUUUCUCCUAGGCAGCUGUUCAAUGAACGCAAACCUCAGGUACUGUGAAUGUCAGUAAUUACAAUAAAGAACGCAUUUCAAAACCAGCGGUCGUUUCCAGGGGCGCUGCUGUGCACACGGAGCAGUAGGCCGCUUCCGCGUGGAGGCGGUGAGGGGCCGUCUUCCCGAGCCGCUGGCGCUCCGAGGAGGUUCCUUUGUCCCCCAGUGACUGGUCUCCCCCCUCCCCUCCCAGGUGAGCCGGUCCAAGGAGCACCAGCAGUUCAUCACCUUCCUACAGAGGCUCCUUGGGCCUUUGCUGGAGGCCUACAGCUCUGCUGCCAUCUUCAUUCACAACUUCAGUGGUCCUGUUCCAGAGCCUGAA